GGGAACUAAACUAGCGUUACUACCUGUGUAACACACAGUUUUAACAGCCAGCGUAAGCUAGUCCAGAAUGACGUAAACAGUGUCCUGACAGUGAAGCUUUUUAACUCCAUGUAGUAUUUUCGAGGACACCCUGACCUUCCAUUCACAAAGUUAGCUCUCCGGCUAACCGCUAACUCCUGUUCACGCGUGCCUGUAGCGUUGCAUGAGGGGUGCUCAGAGUAUCUGGCGAUGCUCGGACACGACUUCAACCCAGACGUGAGAGGUCUCCCCCCGCAGGGAGGAUCAGCAUGAUGGAGGCACUCGAGAGAGGCACCAACUUCACUGCCUCCCAUGAGGAGGAGGAGGAGGACCUGGACUCCUCCGCUCACUUAUCCAGCAUGUCCAUUGACAAGCUGUUACCGGCUCUGCUGGAGUGCUUUGGGAUAAUACUAUGUGGGUACAUCGCAGGGAGGGCGAACAUCAUCACGUCCACCCAGGCCAAAGGAUUGGGCAAUUUUGUGUCCAAGUUUGCCCUCCCAGCGCUGCUGUUCAAGAACAUGGUACUGUUGGACUUUGGUAAUGUCAUCUGGCCAUUCCUGUGGAGCGUCCUCAUUGCCAAAGUGUCUGUGUUCUUCAUCGUCUGCGUGCUCACGCUGAUUGUUGCCAAUCCUGAGAGCCGGUAUAGUAAAGCUGGCCUUUUCUCAAUAUUUGCCACCCAAAGCAAUGACUUUGCCUUGGGAUAUCCCAUUGUUGAGGCCUUAUACCAGAGCACAUACCCAGAGUACCUCCAGUACAUCUACCUGGUUGCACCUGUGUCCCUGAUGCUUCUAAAUCCCAUUGGCUUUGCCUUUUGCGAGAUCCAGAAGUGGAAGAAUGGGGCAAACCAACAGCAGAGAAAACUCUUUAUUGUGGGCGUUGUAGUGUUACAGGUCCUGAAGAACCCUAUAGUGUUCAUGGUUGUCAUCGGCAUCAUCGCCCAUUUCGCCCUGCACCAGACGAUUCCUCCCUUCAUGGCUGACUUUGUGGACGGCUUGGCCAACUCUUUCGGAGGAGCAGCUCUGUUCUACUUGGGUCUCUCCAUGGUGGGACAGUUGGGGAAAUUAACCAGAUCCACAGUGGUGACACUGAUAUUACUCACUACAGCAAAACUGUUGGUGAUGCCGCUGAUUUGUAAGGACAUGGUGGAUCUGUUGGACAAUAGCAACACCAGCGCUUUGAACCACACAAGCCUCUCCAAUUAUGCUUUUCUUUAUGGAGUGUUUCCCACUGCACCAAGCGUGGCCAUCUAUGCAGUCUAUUAUAACGCAGAGCUGGAAGUUGUAACCUCUGGGAUGGUGAUCAGCACUUUUCUCUCAGCUCCAAUAAUGUAUGUUUCUGCCUGGUUACUUACAAUGCGUUGGAUGGAUCCUCAGCUUUUGAUGAAUUCACUACAGAAUGUCAGCUUUAACAUAAGCAUAGUAACAUUGGUUGCACUGGUGUGGACAAUUACUGUCAUGUUUUUAAGCAAGAAAUUCAAGAGGCUACCUCACAUGUUUACUGUCAACCUUCUCUUGGCACAGUUUCUAACUUGUAUUGGGAUGAUCCUGUGGAACUUUGUGGUGAAAGAGGACAACUUCGUCGGGCAAGUCCUGACAUUCACGUUGUUAUAUACCUCACUCUACAGUACCUUUGUUUGGCCAGGUUUAAUAGCACUUUCUAUUUUGCUCAUGAAAAGGUUUGAGGAUGUGAAAGUUUCACCAGGCUUGUUCGUCAUUGCUGGCUGGGGGGUUCCAGCCUUAAUAAUUUCUGUGUUGCUCAUUUCUGGGGAGAAAAUGUCAGACACGAUUGACUCUGCAUUCUUUUACGGCAAACCACAGAUAAUCUGCACUACAGUUGUAGUUACCCUCAGUAUACUACUGGGUGGGAGCUCUCUUGUGUGUCUCAGUAGGGGAAGCUGGUCCCACACUGAUGAAAGCCAAGAGGGAAACUCUGCAGGGGAUCUAGUGACUGAGAUUGAACCAGAAAACCCGACUCUGAUUGAGCCGGACACCCCAUCAGGAGAUCUCAACACAGCAUGCCUCAUAUGUGACUGUGCACCGCCCCAGCCCAUGCCUGACAUGAUCACCAGCACGAAUAUCAACCACACUCCGACCACACUCGCAGGUCAAUGUGAGAACAACUGUGAGUCCUCAGACUGCCUGCUUGUCCAAGUGGAGGAGAGCCAACAGGUUGCAGAUAGACAAGUGGCCCGUCAUUUGCUCUUAUGUCUGCUUCUGACUGUCAGCCUGCUUGCUAACCUGUCCAGCUGCUUGUGGCUGCUCUUGAAUCAAGUUCCUGGUAGUCUUUACUUGGAGCUGCAGUUCUUUUGUGCUGUGGCCAACUAUGGACAGGGUUUUCUCUCCUUUGCUCUGUUUGGGCUGGACAAGCAUUUGAUCAUACUGCCUUUUAAGAAGAGGUUAUACAGUCUGUGGUAUGGAAAGAAGAAAGAAGACCAGCCGCAGACUGAUUUACCUGAGGAAAUCAGGAUGACCUGCACCCAGUUCACCAAAUACCACAAGGACCAGUGUUUUCAUGACAUUGUCAAAAAGAGGAGGUGUGGGAAAAAGACUGUGGUGGACUGCUUUCUGGGCUGUGAUCUUGUGGAGUGGCUUCAGCAGGUGGGCUUGGCUCAGGACCUUGGUGAGGCGGUACUCUAUGGGACACGGUUAGAGCAGGGUGGAGUGCUCCAGCACAUCAAGCAGGAAUAUGGCUUCCAAGACAGUCGCCUUUAUUAUCGCUUCAUGAUGUAAGACACACGGGUCAAAGUCCACAUUUCUUUUUUUUACCAAAUGUAAAUGGCAUUUGAAUUAAGAUGAAAUGACGUCAAUACAUCGUUCUGCACAGCCUGUAAAGUGCAGAACUGCUGUGCAACAGACUUGAAAUUUUCAAAUCUAAAACUCCAGAGCUUAAUGCAUUGUGUGGUGUUAGUCUUCAAGGGAAUUGUUUAAUUUAUUAUUAAUUUUAUUCGCAGUUUUGCUGUUUUACUUUAACAUUCAUUCACUAGGACAAAGGUAAAACCUUAAAUUGGAGAACCUGAAAUUCCCGUUUUAAUCCCUCAGGUUGGAAAAUGUACCACACAGCUACCACUUAGUUCUGUAGAUUAGAGUUUAGUAGGGAAGUCAGUCUUUAAAUUCUUAGUGAUGUCUACAACAGACAUCAUUUUAAGAUUUGCCAGUUUCCCUGCUAAUUUAUUUACAUUUCAAAUAGUCUGUCUGUUUUUACUUGUGCUGUUUGACUCAGAUGUAUUGAUGUCACAGCUUCCUUUAAUCUGCUGUAAAGCUGGUGAAUAUAAUAUUAGCAGUAUCAUUAGUAAAGGACUGAUGGCCAAAACUAUAAAAUUAAGAACCAAUCUUAAAGGCUGAGCCAAGACAUUAAUGCAUCAAUAUAUGCCUUUGGAUUUUAGUUUUUUUAAUUUAAUUUUGUGUCAUUUGGGGAACGACAAUGCACAAAUAGCUUUCCCCAUAAAGCAAAUUAUAGGUGCAGCCAAAAAAAAAUCCACUCUUCAGCUGAAUGUAUUAUUUCCUCUACUGGAGUGGUUUAUCGCUCAACUAAAGCACCUUCAAAAAGAAAAAAGGGAAGAUAAAUCUGCAUCCAUUUCAUACUCAUGAUUGAGUUAGUUUCACCAGUUAGUUAACUGGUAAUAAAGCAUUAAUCAAGAGUAUUGUAGCUUUGGUAGCCUGCAGCUUAACAUGACUUUGCACUGAUGUAAAAUAGUGGUUACACUGUUCACCACGGCUAUGUAAGUGGUAACCCAAUUGACAAUUUCAACAAACAACCUGCCAAUUUGACAACAAAAGCAUAUCGCCACUUGACAUUUUAAAAGUUAUCAUUAUUAAUAAAUGAUAGAAUAGAACUAUAGAACUUGGUGUCGAUUCAUGUGUUUUCUUGAAAGUGUUCACAUUGACACCGGAGGUUUAUCAAAUAGAAGCAGCUUUAAUUCAGUGUUUUCUCUCAGGUAUAUAGUAAUAUAAGUAGACAGCUAACUUCUUAAUUAUACAUGUUUGUCAUUAAGUGCAAAGGUUUGUGUUUAGUAUUACCAAAAAUGAUGUUGCAAAAACUGGUGUAAUUUCUUUUUA